AUGGACAUUGAAGCCGCUGGAAUCCAAAGGAAAUUGCAAUGGAAUGAGCUUGAGGAGAUUAGGAAUGAAGCUUAUGACAACGCUCACAUCUACAAGGAGAAAACCAAGGCGGCCCAUGACAAGAUGAUUCGUGGCAAGACAUUCUCUAUAGGGCAGAAAGUGUUACUCUUCAACUCCCACCUUCGUUUGUUUCCGGUCCAAAUCCAAAGUUUGAACACGGGACAUGAAUUCAAGGUCCAUGGACACCAUUUGAAGCCCUACUACGAGACUUUUGAGGAGCAUGUCGUGGAGGAUGUACACCAUCAUGCCGUUGGCCCUAUUGAAGCUUGA